AUGGGAAAUCACAACAGGGAGAGGUUCGACCUUAUGAGGCUCGCCCCCGAGCUCCAGGUCAAAGUGUUCGAGGCGCUCCCCACGCCCUGGGCGGUAGUAGGCCUCCGGCUCACCUGUCGGGACCUCAACGCCCUCUUCCUCGCAUAUAGGACGCAGAUCGAGACCGCCACCAGGGACAACCUCGUGGCCCCGUUCUACGACUACUACCGCUUCCUGGGCAGACUGCACAUCCCCGAGUCCGACAUCAAGCACCCGCCCGCUGAGGGCUGGCCAAACAUCACGGUCGAGAACUGCUCCGGGUUUCGGGAAUUCGAGAGGAACAUCAGCAACACCGACUUCAAAUCCAACGUCAUCGACUACUCCAAAACCACACGCAAAGACUUUGGAGGCGGCUCUAUCAAGUCUGGAGAGAUAACGCACGAAGCCGAAGGCCCGGUCAGCAGGCACAAGGUGGUCAUCGCCGAGGGUUACGAGAGCGGCGGGAUCGACCUGAUCCUUGACACGAGGACUGGGGAGAUCUUCGAAGAGAUCAUCAGGAUCGGCCCUGGUGAGAACCUGCCCGUUCGGGAGUACUUCGAACUGAAGAUGAAGCAGUGCAGGGAGCUAAAGACGGUGUUCGCCCCGGGGGAGGAUGCCCACUGGGGAGGGUUCGGGAACGAAGAAGGGCCAUAUGACGCCGCGGCGAUGGAGGAGGCUGGAGAGCCAAGCUGUCCUGACGAUUACUUUGCUUUGGAGGGACAAAUUCAAGAUCUGAAAUGGGUGUGCCAUCUCUAUAGAAAGUACGGUUGGCCUGGAGAGGGCUGGCGGAAAGAAGAAGGCUUGAAAGCGAUCGCGGAGUACGUGGCAAGAAGAACCGCCGAAGAAAGAGUAAGGCACGAAGAAGUGGACAGAAGGAAACGCGAAGAGGAAAGAAGAAACGCUGAGGCGAAUCUAUGA